AUGUCAAAAAAAGGUCGCUUAGCUAGACGUGUGCGAAAGAAAGUGCGGAGACAGGAGUUAGAAAAGAGAAAUCGUAAGAAAGUCGCCAGGGAAUACCGUCGAAGAAAUAAAGAUGGUGAUACAUAUGGAGGAAUUGAGAGUGGACCGCACAAACCAUUGAUUCCAUUUAAAAACUCAGAUAAAGUACUUUUGAUUGGAGAGGGUGAUUUUUCUUUCGCACUAAGUGCUGUAGAGAUGAAAUAUAUUCAACCCGAAAAUCUUAUUGCUACAUCAUUUGAUACUAUAGAAGAGCUGAAUGAAAAGUAUCCUGACGUUGCCAAGGAAAACAUUACGAAACUACAGAAUUUACACGUUACGAAAAUAUAUCAUGGGGUUGAUUGUACGAAUCUCAUCAAAACAUUAAAACUCAGCGAUAACCCUAAAAAGCUUGGCAAGAAUAAGCAUGUCAUUGGCGGACUCAAGAUAGAUCUAAUCUUGUUCAAUUUUCCUCACGUGGGUAGAGGAAUAAAAGAUCAUGAUAGAAACAUCAGGGUAAAUCAACAACUUAUAGUGGAUUACUUUAAAAAUGGCAGGAAAUUAUACGAUUUACUCAGAAUCAACAGAAGAGCAGAAACAGGUGAUAAGAAGAAAGAACAUCAAAAAUUUACCAGAGAUAACUUCAGCACGGAAAGAAUCGGCCUGAGUAUGUUUUUAGGAGAACCUUACGAUUCCUGGGAAGUGAAAAAAUUGGCCAAGUACGCUAUUGGAUACCAGGUCGCUCGGAGUGGAAACUUUGACUGGGAAACUUUCAAGGGCUAUCACCAUCGGAAAACGGCAUCUAUGCAUGAUACCACUAAGGUCGCUAGCGAGCGGAAAGCCCGUAUAUUUGUUUUCCAGUCACCAAAUAUUCCAAUACUUCUUGAAAAAGUAAUGGAAGAAGACAGACGAGACAAUAGUAGCGAUGAUGAUCUCGAUGAAAUGGAUUAG